GAUCAAUUACUUCUGCUCAGAAAGCCCUUCGUGACCUAGCUUCUCCUACGUCCCUGGACUCAGAGUGACACUUGCUGCAGGAUGGCAGGGGACAACUCCACGGAAGACUUCCACGCUCCAGGAUCCCAGCUGAGCAUCGCUGACAUCAUUGUCAUCGCUGUGUAUUUUGCCUUGAACGUGGCCGUGGGCAUAUGGUUUGCUUGUCGAGCCAGCAGGAACACGGUGAGCGGCUACUUCCUGGCAGGCCGAGACAUGACUUGGUGGCCGAUUGGGGCCUCCCUCUUUGCAAGCAGUGAGGGGUCUGGCCUCUUUGUAGGACUGGCGGGCUCAGGCGCUGCUGGAGGCCUGGCUGUGGCAGGCUUCGAAUGGAAUGCUACGUAUGUGCUUUUGGCACUGGCAUGGGUGUUUGUACCGAUCUACAUAUCUUCAGAGAUCGUCACCCUGCCGGAAUACAUUCAGAAGCGCUUCGGUGGCCUGCGUAUACGCAUGUACCUAUCUGUCCUGUCCCUGCUGCUGUCCGUCUUCACCAAGAUAUCGAUUGACCUGUACGCGGGAGCCCUCUUUGUCCACAUCUGCCUGGGCUGGAACUUCUACCUAUCCACCGUCCUCACCCUCACCAUCACGGCCCUGUACACCAUCGCAGGAGGCCUGGCCACUGUGAUAUACACAGAUACCCUGCAGACGGUCAUCAUGGUGGUGGGCGCUGUCAUUCUGGCAGUCAAAGCUUUCAACCAGAUCGGUGGUUAUGAGCAGCUGGAAGCGGCAUAUGCCCAGGCCAUCCCCUCCAGGACCAUCCCCAACACCACCUGCCACCUGCCUCGAACAGACGCCAUGCAUAUGUUCCGGGACCCUUCCACAGGAGACCUCCCAUGGACUGGGAUGACCUUUGGUCUGACCAUCAUGGCCACCUGGUACUGGUGCACUGACCAGGUCAUCGUGCAGCGGUCCCUGUCUGCCCGGAACCUGAACCAUGCCAAGGCAGGCUCCAUUCUAGCCAGCUACCUGAAGAUGCUGCCCAUGGGCCUGAUGAUCAUGCCAGGCAUGAUAAGCCGAGCGCUGUUCCCAGAUGAUGUGGCCUGUGUGGUACCAUCCGAGUGUCUGCAGGCCUGUGGGGCUGAGAUUGGCUGCUCUAACAUUGCCUACCCGAAGCUGGUCAUGGAGCUGAUGCCAGUAGGUCUUCGAGGGCUGAUGAUAGCGGGAAUGAUGGCCGCGCUCAUGUCGUCGCUGACCUCCAUCUUCAACAGCAGCAGCACGCUCUUCACCAUGGACAUCUGGAGGCGGCUGCGGCCCUGUGCCGGAGAGCGGGAGCUGCUGCUGGUGGGACGGCUGGUCAUCGUGGUGCUCAUCGGUGUGAGCGUGGCCUGGAUCCCUGUCCUGCAGAGCUCCAACAGUGGACAGCUCUUCAUCUACAUGCAGUCAGUGACCAGCUCGCUGGCGCCUCCUGUCACUGCCAUCUUCAUCUUGGGCAUCUUCUGGCGGAGGGCCAAUGAGCAGGGGGCCUUCUGGGGCCUGAUGGCCGGGCUGCUGGUGGGCGCCCUGAGGCUGGUCCUGGAAUUCCUGUACCCUGAGCCACCCUGCGGCCAACUAGACACUCGGCCAGCCCUGCUCCGGAGUGUACACUACUUGCAUUUUGCCAUUGCGCUCUUCCUCCUCACCUGUGCUGUAGCAGCUGCUGGGAGCCUACUGGGCCGGCCCCCUCAGCAAAGGCAGAUUGAAAACCUCACCUGGUGGACUCUGGCUCCCAACCAGUCCUUAGGACGCAAUGCAGGUGAUGGCCAAACACCCCAGAAACGUGCUUUCUGGACCCGCAUGUGUAAUUUCAACGCCAUCUUCCUCAUGUGUGUCAACAUCUUCUUCUAUGCCUAUUUUGCCUGAUGCUGCCACCCCAGUGGAAAGGUGGGAGCUUCAAGUCCUCAGGGCCACCUUCCUUCCUAGCUUGGAUAUAGAAAUCCAAGGAAACAAAAUUUGUGUACAGUACCAAACGUCUGGUUGAGCCAGUAGACCUGGAGCUCUGAAAACAGAGUGGAGAAUCAUUUCAAAACAGCACUAAAGAAGUCAGAGUCGGGGAGAAAAAUUUUGUUAGACGUCUACUAGUCAAUGUUUUAUUUUGUAUAUGCAGGUACAGGUUGGGAGCAUAGGGUAUGCCAGACUCACAGCUUGAAGGGUGUUGGGCCAGCCCUGGACUCAGGGAGAACCUCAGGUGCCUACAGCCUGGGCUCUUCAAGGGACUAAAGACAACCACAGAGGUUCUGUCUGUCUG